CGAUUGCAGUAUUAUCAGUUUCAUUGGAACGACACCGCCACGUUGAUACGGCACCGUUUUGUCCACCAACGAAAUAUUUAAUCGUUAUUUGUUGUCCUCGCAAGACUCUCUCCCCUCUCUCUGAGUCUCUCAAUCCGGGAAUCAAAUAUCGGAAGACAUCUUGAGGGUAGUAAGAAGACAUGACGACUGCAGCUCGACCCACAUGGGCACCUGCUAAGGGGGGUAACGAACAAGGUGGUACUCGAAUUUUCGGCCCCUCUCAGAAAUAUUCGUCCAGGGACCUUGCAGCUCACACAAAUUUAAAACCCAGAAAGGAGGGGCAAGACACCAAGGAGGAAUUGCAGAAGAGGAACCUCCGUGAGGAGUUGGAGGAGCGUGAGCGGAGACAUUUCUCUUCGAAGGAAGACAGAGAUCGUAGAAAGGGAGGGCAUCUUCUAUUGGAAGGGGCUAGGAGAGAUGCAGAAGACCGAAUCAUUCCGCGCAGUGCAGACGCUGAUGAUGCUGAUGUUGAAGUCAAAAGUGAGGACGAAAGUGAUGACGAAGACGAUGAUGAUGAUGAGGAUGACACAGAAGCUCUUUUGGCUGAGCUAGAACAAAUAAAGAAGGAAAGAGCAGAAGAGAAACUCCACAAAGAAAGACAAAAGCAGGAAGAGGACCUGAAAGUGAAAGAAGCAGAAUUGAUACGAGGAAACCCUCUGCUAAAUAAUGCAACAUCUUUUAAUGUCAAAAGAAGGUGGGAUGAUGACGUGGUGUUUAAGAACCAAGCUCGUGGUGAAGCCAAGACUCCCAAGCGCUUUAUUAAUGAUACUAUUAGGAAUGACUUCCACCGCAAAUUUCUCCAGAAAUACAUGAAGUAACUCCAUCUAUUUAGUGAAUGAAAGACAAACUAUGGUGUAAUGAAGUUCAAAGAAUAUCUGUUCUUGAUUGUUUGUAUGUACUAAAAGUAAGCAAUGUUUCUGACUAAGAAUUUGGUUAAGAAUUCUGAAAGUCAACAUCUGUCUGACUCCGUGGUUGGAUGUUGCUGCUCUCUAUGGAAUUGGCAAUAAUUAAUUUUAUCUUUUGGAUUGGUUA